AUGUCAUCAAUUUUUGGGAAAAAGAAAAAACAUCCAAAGCAAACUGUGAACGUUAACAAUUCACAUGCUCAAGCUAGGCCACAUAUUCAUUCGCCAGGUAAUUCUGGUUUUUCUGAUACUUCAGGAUACCAUUCAAGAAACCAUUCGCUAGAUAAUGGUUCUCAAUCUUCCUAUAGUUUUCAAGACAAUGCUCCAUCAUCGUCAUCAACACGACAUUCAGAUACUUCCUCUAUAAGGAACUCUGUUGUUUUUUCUCCAGGUGACUGGUUAAGUUAUUAUAAAGAAAAUUUUGGUGGAAAUAAGGAACCUCCCAGGCCUUCCGAUGAUGAAAUUGAAAAUCUGUUUUUAGAUUUAAUGAAUAAAAGAGAUUUAAAUAAACUCUCGGAUUCUCAGAGAAAACUAAUUCCAGUAGAUCAAAAAUGGGUUCUUGUAAAAAAUGACAUGUUACAAGAAGAGAAAUCAUUGUCAAAUCCGACAAAUAUAGUAGCAUCCGCACAUGACAAAAAUACACCCGAAUAUUAUCUCAAAAAAAUUUUGGAUCGUUCGAUUACUGUCGAAGAUCUAAAUUCUCUUGGUGUUUCUCUAAGGACCUUAACGAUAAA